CACGUCUGUCCCGCUCCCGGCAGGGGAGGAGCCGGGGGGGCUCCCGGGGAGGAGCCUGGGGGGCUCCCGAUGAGGCGCCGGAGGAUGAACCAGCUGUACAUCGGCAACCUGAGCCCCGCCACCACCGCCCAGGACCUCCGGCAGCUCUUCGGGGAGCGGCAGCUGCCCCUGCCCGGCCAGGUCCUCCUCAAGUCCGGCUACGCCUUCGUGGACUACCCGGACCAAAACUGGGCCAUCCGGGCCAUCGAGACCCUCUCGGGGAAAGUGAAGCUGCACGGCAAAGUGAUGGAAGUGGAUUAUUCAGUGCCCAAAAAGCUCAGGAGCAGGAAGAUCCAGAUCCGAAAUAUCCCCCCCCACCUACAGUGGGAGGUGCUGGAUGGCCUGUUAGCUCAGUGUGGGACGGUGGAGAAUGUAGAGCAAGUGAACACAGACACAGAAACAGCUGUUGUCAACGUGACCUACGCAACGAAGGAAGAGGCAAAAGUAGCCAUAGAGAAGCUGAGCGACCACCAGUUUGAGAACUAUUCCUUCAAGAUUUCCUACAUCCCGGAUGAAGAGGUGAGCUCCCCUCCGCCCCCCCAGCGAUCCCGCCGUGGGGCCCACUCUUCCAGGGAGCGAGGCUCCUCCCCGGGGGGCUCCUCGCAGCCCAAACAGCUCGAGUUCCCACUGCGGAUGCUGGUGCCCACGCAGUUUGUUGGUGCGAUCAUAGGAAAGGAGGGCUUGACCAUAAAGAACCUUACUAAGCAAACCCAGUCCAAGGUUGACAUCCACCGGAAGGAGAAUGCCGGCGCUGCCGAAAAGCCCAUCACCAUCCACGCCACGCCGGCGGGCUGCUCCGAAGCCUGUCGCAUGAUCCUGGAUAUCAUGCAGAAGGAGGCUGAUGAAACUAAAUCAGCAGAAGAGAUUCCCUUGAAAAUCCUGGCGCACAACAGCCUGGUGGGGAGGUUGAUUGGCAAGGAGGGCCGCAACCUCAAGAAGAUUGAGCAGGAUACGGGCACAAAGAUCACCAUCUCUCCGUUGCAGGAUUUGACGAUUUACAACCCCGAGCGGACCAUCACGGUGAAAGGCAGCAUGGAGGCCUGUUCCAAUGCCGAGGUGGAGAUCAUGAAGAAGCUGAGAGAGGCCUACGAGAACGAUGUGGUGGCUGUCCAUCAACAAGCCAACCUGAUCCCAGGGCUGAACCUCAAUGCCUUGGGCAUCUUCUCCACAGGGUUGUCCAUGCUCCCAUCCACCCCGGGGACCCGAGGGGCUGCAGCUGCCACCCCCUACCACCCCUUUGCACAGCAGAGCGGGCGGAGGAGGACGGGCUCCUCGGCCUACAUGUCAGGUCUGUACGGAGCCCCUCCAGCCAGCGCCUUCCCACAUCAGCACCCUCUGCCGGAGCAGGAGGUCGUGAACUUGUUCAUCCCGACGCAGGCAGUGGGGGCCAUCAUUGGGAAGAAGGGGCAGCACAUCAAGCAGCUGGCACAGUUUGCUGGUGCCUCCAUCAAGAUCGCCCCGGCAGAAGGUCCAGAUGCCAGUGAGCGGAUGGUGAUCAUCACGGGGCCACCCGAGGCCCAGUUCAAGGCCCAGGGACGAAUAUUUGGGAAGCUGAAAGAGGAAAACUUCUUUAACCCGAAGGAGGAGGUGAAGCUCGAAGCCCACAUCAAGGUGCCUUCCUUCACCGCCGGCCGCGUCAUUGGCAAAGGUGGCAAGACGGUGAACGAGCUGCAGAAUUUAACGAGUGCAGAAGUGAUUGUGCCGCGGGACCAAACCCCAGAUGAGAAUGACGAGGUCGUCGUCAAAAUCAUCGGGCAUUUCUUUGCCAGUCAGACUGCCCAGCGCAAGAUCAGGGAAAUCGUGCAGCAGGUAAAGCAGCAGGAGCACAAACACGCUCAGGGAGCCGCAACCUCGCAGCAGCACAGCAAGUGAGGCUCCCGCCAGCACCGCCCGACGAAUGUAACCCCCCCGGCGCCCCCCGGACCCCCAGCAGGGCAGGGCACAAACCAAAGACCCCCCCUGGGCCCCCCAGCCUUCAGCCAGGAGGGGCACGGAGAGGGCUCCCUCCAUCCCACAGCCUCUGCCUUAUUCCAUCGCCUCCCUCCCCCGCCCCAAUGCUCUCCCUCCAGGUGGACUUACACAGGCAGAGAGAGGGGAUUUGGAUUCUGGAAUUUUUGGGGAAUUUAUUUGAAAUUUGUUUGGAAAUUUUCCCCCACCCCGUUUCACCCAGGAGGGGCUGGCCUGGCUUGGGGGGGCUGCGGCACUCAUUAAGUUUAGAAUUAAUAUAUUGGUAAUGAAACUAACACCCCAUUUUUAAGUGUUGUAAGGUUUUAUUUUGGGUUUUUCUAUUUUUUUUUUUUUAAAUUUUCAGGGGGAGGGGGCUGUUUGUUUUUAGCAAAAGCAGGCUUUUCUAGAGGUCUAAGGGUAGGAGCUGGUCCAUUGGUUCUCUAAUACGCCAUAGAGCAGAGCUGUAGGAUUGCCUAGGGGGAAAAAUUAUUAAAGAAGUGUUAAAAAGCAAUUUCUGAAGGGCUUUGAGAAGAGCAGGGCCUUUAGGAGUCAACAGGAUUCCCCUUGCCUCCUGCAAGAGGAAUCUCUCCUUCACCCACCCUUUCCUCUUUGCUUCACAGACUCCAAAAGUGGGGGUUGCAUCUGUUCUGUCCCCCCUUUCUGUCUGUCUGUCCUCUCUCCAUCACUGCCUGGCACUGACAUCCCUGGAAAACCAUGGGCAGCACCAGCCCUGCCCUCUUUGG